GUGUGACUUUGGACAUCGUGGCAGCGCUGACGUUUUUGGGGCUCUAUCAAUCAAGAGGUGCCUUGAAGUAGUCAAAAUGCAACCACUAGCACUCGUGUUCAUGUUAUUCCUUGGUCUUUGCUAUGCAGAAGAUAUCAACUACGUAAAAGUAAAUGUAACGCCGUGUCCUGACAACAAUCUCACAUACGCAUACCUCGGUAUCGAGAACUGUUCGUCGGAACCCUGCGAAUUUUUUUUGGGAAGCAAGAUACGAGUGAAGUUCAUGUCCGUGAAUUACGCAAGGUUUACUGUGAGCGUUGGAAUACAUGCGUACUUCAACACGACAAAUAAGAAUGUAACAACCAGGUGGCGAAUACGCACAGAUUGCAAAACCCCAGGAACAAAUCACAUAUGCUGGGCGAAUCCCCAUGUGACAGUUAAUGGCACAGUGGACUUCAAUAUCGACCAUGACAAAUAUUUCAUGGGCAAAGGACCCAUGCGUCUCGACAACUUCAACCUUGGCUGUGGCAUAAUACGUGUAUGGAUACGGGACCCAUGCAGCAAGCGGCACAAGAAAGGCAACUGCACCAUAAUCCGAGAGGGGCAAAAACUAAAAUAAGUGGAGAUCGCAACUCAAUAAACACGGUAAUCAGUA